UUAAAUAGUUGCUAUCGUUAUGGUAGGCCUACACAUUACACAUAUAUAAGGAAUAAAUAUGCAAAGUUUCAAGAUGAUCUAUUCAGAUUCCAGAUAGACAAAAAAAACCACAAAAUUUGGGUGUGGCUCUGCUCCGGGGGGUCGGGACCCAAAUCAAUAGUUGUCGUUCUUAGGGUAUAAGGAAUAUAAAUGCCAAGUUCCAAGAUGAUCCAUUCAGAAUUGCGACAUCUAUACGAUAAACUAAACGAUUGGGCGUUACUGUCUCUGGUAGUCGGGCAUGCAACAAAUAUAACAGAGGUCAUCCUUAGGGUAUAAGGAAUAAGUAUGAAAGAUUUUCAACACCAUCAAUUAAUGGAAGUACACGUAUUAGUGUUAGAGACUUAGCUACUUUAAACAUACAUUAUGCAAGAGCUAAAUCUGUCUAUUGUAGGUCUUUCUUUAGGCCUGAAAUGUUAUCUAAAUUAUUAAUUAGACAUUAACUAAUCCAGACCAUAAUCAACUCUUGAUGUCAACGCUAGCCUGCGAUAUUUACUGGAUUAGGAUUCAUUUUGCUGCUCAACUUUCAUUCAUGAUUUAAUCAUGAAAUGGAUAAUCAAGACGAUGUUUUUUUUUAUCGUAACAACUUUUGUAAUGAUGAUUGAGGCUAGGCCGAAAAUUCAAUAGCUAAAAUCUUGGUUCAGGGUGGAUCAAUUCGACAGAAAUUUUCAGCAAAUUCCCUUUACAUUAUCUAGUUUUUAACUAUUAUAGUGAGGUCUGCCAGCUCUUUAUCUCCCAGAAGGUUGAUCCUUAGUGUAUAAGGAAUAAGUAUGCAAAGUUUCAAGAUAUUCCGUUAAGAAAUGGGGCUUGUAGAUGACAAACAGAAAAAUACAAAAAAUAGUUGCGGCUCUGUCCCUGGGGGUCGGUCAUGCACCAAAAACAAUUGGGAUCAUCUUUAGGGUAUAAGGAAUAAGUUAGCAAAUAUAAAUAUGUGCACGUAAUAGUCCUAUGCUGUCAAGUGUCUAACAUUACGAGUUAUUCGUGUUGGAUAGAUCCACAGCUUACUUCAUUAUACAACUAUCCCAAAGUUGUUCCGGAAAUGAACAUGGGAUAGUGAAGUAAGGCAGUUUUCUUUACGCGAUCUCACUUCAUGCGAUAUACACCGUCUGUUUACCACAUGAGUGGUCGUUUAUUGAUACGUUAUAUCAACUUGUAUGAUCUAUAAAACUCGGAUGUAAACAUCAACGAUUAACGGUGAUGACAUCGUAAUGGAAACUGAUGAUGUUAUAACUUUUCAUCAGUGUACAAUAUGUGAUGAAAUUUUUCAAAGUUUUUGUAGUUUAGAAAACCACUACAAAGUGCAUGUUAAAGAAGAGAAAUCUGAUGAUGUAGAUGAAUAUUGUCAUGUUAAAGAAGAGAAAACUGAUGAUGUAGAUGAAUAUUGUCAUGUUAAAGAAGAGAAAACUGAUGAUGUAGAUGAAUAUUGUCAUGUUAAAGAAGAGAAAACCGAAAACAUUGAAACAUGCUAUCAGUGUAAUUUGUGUGAUAAAGAAUAUAAUUUAGAAACUGAUUUAGAAAAACACUGUGAAAAACAUGUUAAAGAAGAGGAAUCUGUUUUACAACAUGGUAAACAUUGGGAGAAGAGUUUUGGCCAGAAUAAUGAAAAAGAAAUACACAAUUCACAAGAGUUUAAAAAGUGUGAUGUUUGUAGUAAAUCAUUUAUUGACAAAAAUUACUUUCUAAUUCACAUGAGAAAUCAUACAGGAGGAAAGCUAUUUAAUUGUGAUGUUUGUAGUAAAUCAUUUACUACCCGUAGCGAUCUACAAAAACAUAUCAGAAUUCACACUGAAGAAAAGCCCUUUGAAUGUGGUGUUUGUAGUAAAUCAUUUACAAGCAGCAGUAAACUAGAAACACAUAUGAGAAUUCAUACUGGUGAAAAACCCUUUACGUGUGAUGCUUGUCGUAAAUCAUUUACUACCCGUAGCGAUCUACACCGACAUAUCAGAAUUCAUACUGGACAAAGGCCAUUUACAUGUGAUGUUUGUAGUAAAUCAUUUAAUAGCAGUAGUGAUCUACAGAGACAUAUACGAAUUCAUACUGGUGAAAAACCCUUUAUGUGUGAUGUUUGUAGUAAAUCAUUUACUAACAGAGGUCAUCUUAAGAAACAUAUCAGAAUUCAUACUGGUGAAAAAUCGUAAAUCUUUCACUGAUAGUAUUGGUCUCCAGCAACACAGAAGAACUGAUUCUGGUGAAAAACAAUAAAUGUGAUGUUUGUUGUAAAUCAUUCACAAGGAGUAGUUUGUUGAAAAGUCACAUGUCAGUGCAUCCAAGUGAAAAACCGUGAUAAAUUUACGGUGCAGUUAGAACGGUUGUCUUUAGUCACACCAG